AUGUUAGCGGAUAAACAAAGUUCCUUGGUGAGACUGAGAAACACGUUAAGGAACCCUGAAGAGAGAUCGGAAGCAGAAGCUUCGGAUAUAUCUUUGAAGAUCUCCAACUUUUCCUUUACAUACUGCUAUAAACAACUUAUUCAAGAACAGUGUAGCAACUGUGAAAAGAGGUUGUCUUUACAGGGGAAAGUCCCUAGAGUAUAUCGAUUUACUUCUAAAGAAUUCAAAUCGUAGAAUUCCUUGCCAAAAAUUGAUGCUGCAGUCAAAAGAAUUGCUAAGAGAAUCACUCUCCCUAUAGACAGCAUAACAUUUCUUAGGGAACCUAUAGAGAAAAGACUGGACGGAGAUCUGGUUAAAGCUUCUGGCAAUUGGUUCAGGUCUCUAUCCAGAGGUGGCUCAAGUGACCUCAAUUUCAAAAGCCCUAAAAGUCUGGGUGGAUAAUUCAGAAGAUAUAUACAUAGCCAGCGGAGUUCGUAGAUCUCAUCUUCUGAAAUCUAUUAUGCAGUUCAGACUGGAGUUAGACAUCACCAAGAUCCUAACAAAAAGUGUGUCUUUUUAUGUCCCAUGUACCUUAUCCCUGCAGUGGUAUUUAUUGCAGUUUCUGAGAAACUGCAAUAAUUACCUGCUAGGGUUAACUCCUCCUCUGGUGGCUGUCUACCAGACAACCACUAGUGGGACUUUUGGGUCUAAAUGAUGCUGGCCAUCCUCACGCUAUGCAUGAGGAUUUCCAGCGUCACUGGAAUCCCCAAAGGAAAUAACUGAGUAAUGCUUUCCUAUGGGGAAAUUCUAAUGCGAGCGUGGCCAUUGCCAAUGACAUAAGCUGGAGGGGGAGGAGCGUGGCCGCAGCCUGACCCAGCGUUGAGGGACAUUGCGCUAGAUUCAGGUAAGUGACUGAAGGGCAUUGGACCACCAGGGAAUCGAUUAAAAGGUAUUUCAGUGUGGAGAGGCUGGGUACUAAAACAUAGCCUCCUCACACACCGCCACCCAAUACUGUAACCCCCUCCACACUAAAGAGGGUUAUAAAACACCUUUAGUCACUUACCUUUAGUCACUUGUUCCUCAGCGCUCCACCUUCUCUGACGUCAUUCGACAGAGUGGGGGGCUAAUGCACAUGCACGGCGAGUGCAUUAGGACCUCCCCAUAGGAAAUAUUUAUUUCAGUGUUUCCUAUGGAGAAGAUCUAUGGGGAUAUAACUGAUGUUGGAUGUCCUCAUCCAGAGUGUGAGGUCGUCCAGCGUCAGUUCAUUGACGAAAAGUCCAUUAACAACCAGGAAGUGCCUCUCAUGGCUGAUUGACAGCCACUAGAGGGAGUCUUAGUCCUGUAAUGUAAUUAUUGCAGUUUCUCAAAAACUACAAUGAUUGACAUUGCAGGACAAAGUGGGACAAGGACAGUCCACCCAGACCACUUCAAUGCUUAAAGGGACACUACUAAACUCAGGGGAGGGCUGGCAACCUUAGGUCUGGGGGGUAAAUCCAAUCAAGUGGAUCAUUGCACCACCGAAUCAGCUCACCAUCCAUGCCCACCUUUUCCUGGUUUUUAUAUUGAUGUUAUGCUAAUCAGUAGCUCUUUGCCAUACCCACUCCUUUGCUGCUCCAACUUUCAAUGUUGUCAGAGUGCAGAGCCUGUGCUCUGUCUCACUAAGUGAGCACCGGAACGACGAGGGAGAGGAUAUGAUCUGACUGCACCUACUGCUGGUGCGCACCAGUGGACCACCAGGGAAUUGUUUCAAUUGAAUUUGCUGGUAUCCCCAACUUGCGAGGUGUGUUGGUCGCCGGACGCCUCUGUUCUCAUGGUUUCCUGCGUGAUCGCACAGCUUGCACACCCCAAAGGCUAGCCCUGCUGACAGACACAAUGGCACUCACUCUCAAUAACACACACACAAACCCUGACAGGCACACACUCACUGACAGGCAGACACACACAUUCACUGACAGACAACUACUUACUAGACUGACACACUUGCUGACACACACUCACACACUGACAGACACACAAACACUGACAGAUACACACUGAAUGACAGACACACUUAUUCACAGACACAUACACUUACUGAAAGACAGACACACACACACUUUCAGACAGACACACUCACUCACUCACUCACAGACACACACACUUACUGAUAGACACACACAUACUCACUUCCAGACACACACACACUUACUGACAGACACACACACUCACUGACAGACACUCACACUUACUGACAGACACACUUACUUUCAGACACACACAGACUUACACAGUCUUGCACACACACUCACAAAUUAAUUUUAUUGUUUGUUGCGCCUACUUUUAGGAGUUUUCUGGGUCCUUUCCCCAGGAUCCAGUGGCUUUCAUGAUCUUCCUGCUACUCUCUGCUAUUCGCACUGUUUAGUAAUGCGGGGCCGGAAUGACGUCAUAUUCCAGCCCCCAGCAUCACCAUAGAGGACGCGUGAGGAAGCAGGAAGAUCAUAAGCACAGUCAGCACUCCCUCGUCGCCUUCCUCCUUCUUCACCCUGUCUGGGACAAGCAGGUGCCUAGUCUGCCUUGCUACGGGGUGCCUUUAGGUGGUCAGCUGGCCACCUGCUUGGUUUCCUGCGACAGGCCAUCAGCCUGCUCCGCGCAGUGCUCUCCACCUCCUGGUGCCUGGGCGUUUUGCACCCUGUGCACCCGCCCAGGAUCGACCUUGCAGCGGCCGUUUUUAAAAUGAUUUAAGGCAGCCUGGGGGGCAAUUGCCUCCCUGCCCCCCCGUCCCAGCCAGCCCCUGACUAAACUAAACUAACUAAAUGUGAAACAGUUUUUCUUCUUUGUUUUUCUCUCCUUUCAUUGGGAGCCUGCGUAUUACCCAUAAGUGAUGCUGCCAUGCUCAGCCAGGGAAGGAGAAAAUGUAUUCACUUAGCGUAAAGUUCUUUUCCUGGCUACUCUACAUUACAGCAUCACGCUCCCUCACAUUUGAUUUUUUUCUAGUUUAGCUUUUUAAUGCUGCAAAACAUUAUAUUUUCAGCACCCUUAUUAGAAUCAACACAUUUAUAACAUUUAACUUAUUAGUGUGCUGGCAAAAUGUGUGUCAGCCUUCCCAGAUACUUUUCCCUGUACAACACAGUAAAGGAGGAGACCAUAUUUAAAAGAAGAAAAACUACCACAACAAGAGGACAUAGUCUUAAAUUAGAGGGGCAAAUGUUUAAAAAUAAUAUCAGGAAGUAUUACUUUACUGAGAGGGUAGUGGAUGCAUGGAAUAGCCUUCCAGCUGAAGUGGUAGAGGUUAACACAGUAAAGGAGUUUAAGCAUGCGUGGGAUAGGCAUAAGGCUAUCCUAACUAUAAGAUAAGGCCAGGGACUAAUGAAAAUAUUUAGAAAAUUGGGCAGACUAGAUGGGCUGAAUGGUUCUUAUCUGCCGUCACAUUCUAUGUUUCUAUGUUUCUCUCACAUAAACCCAUAUAAGCAAACCAAAAGGAUGGCUAUAAUUUAAUAGGAAAAAUCACAAUAGUAUAAAAAUCUGCCGUUGUAAUCAUCUGUUUUUAUCUGUGCACUUUUAUUGAUAGUCCCUGAGGAAGUCUGCAUUGGUAAUCGUAAUGUGUAGGAUUUGCUUUUGUAUUCAAACUGCUGAUUAAAAAAAUAAUUUGAAUUAAUUUAUAUGGUUCCUUUGAAGCGGUUCAGCUAAAUAUUCAGGAGUCCGAGAUCCAGAGGUUGGAAGUAUUUCUGGUCCCCAAUAUUGCCAAAGGAGGCACCUUUAUAUGAUUAUUUUGGUCUUCAUCUUGUGAGUGCAAAUCCAUCUAUGGAGGGAGGGGGUCAUCUACUUAAUGGUGUUAUACUAUUGUUAUUUUUCCUUUUAGAUUACAAUCAGUCAUGUUCCUAUUUUUUUGUUGUUUGCUUUAUCCUCCUUUUAAUAGACUGGGAAGCUAUUUUAAUUAAUUAUUCCUAUCCUGACAUCUGGGAGGAGAUAAGCCCACAAGUGAUUCUGCCAUAUAGAAUAGCCAGGAAAAUGUAAUUAUGGGAAGUGCUGCAUACACUUAGGAACUUAUAGAAUACAAAAGCAAGAUCAAUGGGAUUUAUUUUAGCCUAAAAAAAAAACAGGGUGCGAUUUAUACUGAGUUGGAGAAUACUUUCAUCUCGGCUAUUAUUUAAUGAAAUGUUCAAUUCUGCUUUCAUGUCAUCAAUAACUUUUUAGUGAAUAAACCCCAUUUGACACAAACCCGCCAAAAUCUGAAGUGCUGCGUUUGUGGUAUAAAUAAAGUUUAGUCAAAGAAAAAAAAUAAGAAAAAAAAUAUUGCAAUACACUUUCUCGCAUGCGCGUUAGACUUCCCAGCAUGCCUUGCGCAAUUUGCACUAUAUAAGCUCGUUUCCUCCGUUCAAUCGGCCAUUUCGUUCGAGCAGCGAUUCCCAAAGUAAGUCCUAAUCCUGUGCCAUCCUCGGCUGAGACACGUGUGUAGUAGUUAUUUGUUUUAUUUUAUGAACUAUUAGCCUCAGACCAGUCUUAUUGCAUUGUGCAGUAUUAUUUAGUGUAGCCAUUAUGGCUCAGGACCUGACUGUAUAGGGAAACUUGUUUUUUAAUGUGCAUUAAGCCACUUAUUAUUGUUUUGCACGCUAUUUCUUUAGAUAUACCUGGUAAUAUCUAGUCUUAUGUUUUUAACUUUAUCUUAUGUGUCAAUGCUUUUUAGUUACCAGUAUUAUCACUGGUGAAGCUGUAGUUCUAAGUUGCUGGAUAAUGCUCUGUCAAUGAUGAGAUCACACAGACCUGUUCCGAGUAAUAUGAGGAAUAUUAAUAUCUCUGAGCUAAGCUGUAUAGACCAAUCUUUAAAGCUUACUUGCUUUUUCAGCAUUUUAACUUGUUUUUAAUUUUAUUUUUAUUUUUUAUUUUUUUUUAGGUACUUUGUGCCCUGCAGGAUAACACUUAAUAAAGGUGAGACACUUUUUCCAUAACAAACUUAUAGGUAGACUGUCUGACUCCUUUCUAGCUUCUGGCCAGUAGUACGUCAGUCACUGUGGGCUGCUAUAGUGUGUGCCCUGCUGACGGCAUGGUAACGUCCAAUGUCUUUUAUUUUAUGGCGGAAGAAUACAAUAUCAAACUGCUUUCUUCCCCUCUACUGGGCUUCAGCUUGGUGUUCCCUGGAGCUUCAGCAUCUCUGCUCAAAGCAUUACAUGGACACUUCGUGCUCCAUACCCAAAAUACAUUGUAGUGGUUAUGGUGCUGGCAGUGUCCUCCAUGGAAAAAUGGCCAGAUAACUUCACAAUUUACCUGGCAUCUAAUGGGUGCUGGUCACAGGCUUUAGAAGAGCCUAACACUUGAGCACUAAACUCUUUUGCUCCUGAGUUGCACACUGCAUCUCAGUGCUUGUACUUAUGGAUAGGGUGCUGCCGAUUGGUUUAGAGCAAUCUGCUAAUGUUCCAAGCCAAUCACCUUAACUACUUACUCAACCUGAAUUGGAGAAACUUAUUGGCUUAGGAAAGUGAUGGUUGUAGGGUUAAAUAUUUAACUGUGCCACAAGGACGAUACUACUGAACUCUCUCUUGCUGAUUACUAGUGGAGACUUACCUCACUGACUGAGUGGCACUUCAGCAUGUAUUGAACUCUAGUUACUCAAAGACUAUAUCUAAAAAAAAAAAAAAAAGCUUGUGCUUGCUGUCUAGCUACACUUUAACACUCCAAGCACCAUAACAUUACAGCUUGAUAUAGUGCCAGAAGGUGUGGCAAUACCCCAAUGUAAGUAGCUUUUUACUGUCUGAGUCUUGCUGCCUUAUCCUAACUGGACAUCUGACAGCUACACAGGGCUAGCACAUUGGUUGAGUCGGUUGUAAUCAAACUGAUAACCUACAUGGGACACUCCAUGAGAGCCAGAAGCUUUCUGUGUUACCUUGGCUGAGAUCAGGCAAGCUAGUAUAAGCUCUGUCGGAAAGGUGACCAGGUACGUUUGUCAAGUUUGACUGCAGUGUGCCAAGGCACUCUUGGCACCAUAAUUAGUGAUCUAGUGAUUAUGGUGCUUUGAAAACAUUUUUGCUAUGGUUACAAAAUGGAAAGUUCUGGCACGCUUUUCUUCCAUUUCCAUACCCUCAGGCACUAAUCUUAACAUGUGAUGCAACCAAUAUGUUUUUCAAUUAGGAACUCAGGACAUCAAAUGUAUCUCUUGAGAUACUUGAAAUGAUUACCUUGUGUCUGACUAUUUGAUGAAAUUAAAAUAAUUGCUAUUAAGAUCAACUUUUUAUAGUCUGUAAAAGGAAUUCACAUUUUUGUUUUUCAUAAUUGUAGAUGCUGGAAAAUCCCUGCACCAAUGGCACAGCUCUAAUGCAAGAACUAAGGUACAGUACUGCUGCAGAAAGCAUACCUUAUGCCCCACAUGCCAAACCUUCUUAUUGGUACCAGAGCGCACAAGGUGAAACCAAUGCCUCAAUCUGUAGGAGAGGAUAGACAAACUGUCCUGGUUUGGUCAGCCUGACAGGGCCCAAGCAUCAAGCUGAGUUUCAUUAUUUCCUGUGAUAAAUGGUCAGCUAAGUGUUUUUUUUUUUUUUUUGUUUUUAUAUUAAAGGACCAGUAGAGUAUAUUAUAGAUUGGGUCAUAGGACUUACAUUUGUAUUAAACAGAGGCAGGGUCCAAAGACACUGACCACAUAUAAUCUGUGCAAUGCAGCUAGUGCUCUUCCAGGGACAUUCUUGGCACAACCACUACAGCAAGCUAUAGUAGUUCUGGAGUCCCUGGACACAGUAAUCUUUGGUCUUUAUUGGUAAAUAACAAGCUCCUGUUUUUAAAGUUGCAAUAUCUGGUUUCAUCGGUCAUAAAAUAAGUAACUUCUUAUUUAUAUCCAGACAAGGAGUGGGUGCCCCAGCACCCAAGUAAGACUUCAAAACCAUGAGACUUCUGCCACCUACAACUUGCUGUAGUUACGGUGCUUAGAGUGCCAGUUAAGCAGUAACAUGACUCCAAGUUAACUUACACUCCAUUCCACACUCAAACAUGGAGUCUACAAGCUAGCGGAGCAUCAUGGGGAAAUGUCCAAAAACAAGACCGUGGUGGCCAACCUUGACACCAUAAUUUAAGUCUAAAUGUAGUUAAACAAGAUUAAUAGACUAACCAAUAUAAUGCUCUACUUGGGUCUAUACUGGCCCUAAGCACUCGACUGGAUUUAAUAAGGAUUCUUGUUUUUACAAAUCUCUUGAGUACCAUAACACUUGACACUGCUAAAUCUUUCUUCCAGAUUCUCAUGUUCCAGAAAAUACCCACCAUGUCCUAACUUCGCAGGUAAGAUUCUAGUGCACAAAUUUUUAUUCUUUCAGUCUUAUCUGUGAUGAAUAACAUAGACAAGCAUAUGUCUGAAUGUUUGUGAUGCCAAUUUUAAUUCUGAGACUGACAAGUUGUUUUGUUUGUUUUUUUUUCUCUAUCUGCAAUGGCAAAAUAUAACCAGGGUCUUGUUUUCUUUUAGGGUAUCUCUCUCAUUGACCAUUUUAUAUACUUAUGGGUAAGAAACUUCCAAAGUAUUUCACUUUAAACCUUUUUGAUAAGUUGUAAGAAAACAUUGUAUAUUGGACAGGAAGGUGUAUUACUUUAACACUGUUAACCAGUUGGAUUAAGCUCUACUAGAAAUUCAGUGAGUAUAGUAUAAAAUGGCUGGAUGACCUCCACUAGAAAAUCAUGAUUGUAUUUAGUGAUAGGCGUUUAUGCUCCAAAUGAUGACUGAUUGAAGUCUCGUUCGUCUGAAACUCUUUGAAGAACACUUAAGCAUGGUGGAGUUCUGAUGGAGCCUAGUUCUGGAAAACUGGUGAUUCUGUCUGGCUAGAAUAACUACUUAUGCCAGUUUUCUAUAGAUGAUGCCCACUGAAGGCUGAACUUGGGUAUGUUGCAGCUUAUUUGAUGGCUUGGGCUUGUGCUUUUUUGAGUUUGCUGUCUGAUUGGAUGAAUGGGUUUAACCCAUAAGAAUCUGGACGACACUUGUCAAAUGGCAUUAAGUCACCAAAGCCCUGAUUAGACUUCAAUUACAAAUAUAGAUUGACUUUUUUGUUUUGCACUUUUUCUAAAAUGUAAUUUUUAAAUUACAGAUGCUGGAAUAUAAUCCCUGCAGACAUGGAGCAACUGUAGUGCCAGAAUGACUGACAGGUACAGUAUUACUGUAGACAGUGUAGCCUAUGCCCUAAUGAUGAAAACCUCACAUGUCCGACCUGCAUAUUGGUACCAGAGCCUGAAAAGGUGAACCCACUGGCACCAUUUGUAGGAGAGGAUGGACAAACUGUUCCAGCUGGAACAGUCUGACAGGGCACUUGGUAUAGACUCAUAACAUUCACUGUUAUGAGUUAUGCUGCUGACUUUAUUGUCUUUAAUGCUGUCUAAUACUGAGCUUUUUGUACUCAAGUCUGUGCUUCAAGAAUAAAUCACAUGCAAUGCUAACUCCAAUUUUCUCUUAAAGGGCGAACAUGGACUCUGCAUUCCUAGUCACUGCAGGUAACUGCUUCUGUAUGUCUACUAUUGUCUGAUCCUAAAAUAGAUGGAGUCAUUAAUAUUGCAUCUGAUGGCUCUACAAAACUUGGCUAUGCUAGAUUUAAGAGCUUUUACUUUAACAAUGAGCUCAUUCCUUAAAGUGAAGUCUUAUCUGUCUUCUCUUUGCAAAAAGUUUAUAUAGUAUAUCUGGGUGCAUGGGAUGAUUUAUCUUACCGCCCCAGUCUGAUAAUACAUGACUGAGUGGUAUAUUCUGAGCACUAAUUAGAUGUCUGUACAAAGCUUAAUGUGAUGUCUGACCUGUACUUAACAAGGCUUUCUAUCUGCAGGUGUCCCUGA